GCUUGUUUCUGCUCUUGGAAACUAUUGCAGAAAAAAUUUACUAAAAGGAAAGCUGUCUUUUAAUGUUAAAGGUAUCUGUCGGUCCUGAAACGAUUCAUGGAGUUAUUAUUUACAAAACUGAAACUUUAACCUAUGAGUUUUUGGAUUUGUGGGAUCAUUGAUGACCUGGAAAUAAUUAAAUGGAGAAAGUUUGCGAAUUCUGCAUGGCCUUGAGGCCAGUCGUUUACUGUAACGCUGAUGCAGCAUAUCUUUGCCUUUCCUGCGAUGCAAAGGUCCAUUCAGCUAAUGCACUUUUUAACCGGCAUCUCCGUACCCUCCUAUGUGACUCAUGCAGGAACCAUCCAGCUUACGCUCAGUGUUUGGACCACCGGAUGCUGAUGUGUCUUGGCUGUGACCGGUGCCUGCAUGAGGUCUCCUCCCACCAUCAGAAACGGCUACUCAGUAGCUACUUAGGAUGCCCUUCUGCUAAAGAUUUUGCAUCACUUUGGGGUUUUGAAUUUGGGGAUUUGGAUAAAAGUAUUGUUAAAGAUCAACUAGUUUCCACCCCAUGCUCUUCAUCUGUGCAACCUAGUGCAUCAAAAUUUGACAUUCCAGGGAAGUCUUGCCAACAAAUUGGACGGUCUUCAAGAAAAUCUAGAGUGAUUCACUCAACUUUGGUCUCUGGUGCAGAGUCUGAUGUUGGAUCAGGCAAUCAACAACCUGAGUUAUCGUACAAAGGUCCACAGCAGGAAAGUACCUGCUUUAUUCUGGAACAGAUUCUUGAUUUGAAAAGGCUUCAGCUCACUGAUGUCAACAACAAUACUCCUAUGAAACGUGGUCAAGAACAAAAAAACAUUUCUUCAAUGCUGAAUACCUCAAAGAAGCUUGACUACAAUCUCAAUCAUUCACAACAUUCUCAAGAUCUUGUUACCAAUCUUCAACAAGCUGACUGCCAACGUCAGGGUCUAAAAGUGGAUUCUUUGCCUUUGCCAUUUUCUCAGCCAGAACAUUUACCUUUCUUUUCAACUGCCGCAAAUGCUUUGCCUGGAGAAUCCUUUUGGCCAUACAAAAGUCCAAUAGAGAAUAGUCAGUUGUGGUCUCAAAAUAUGCAAGACCUUGGGGUUUGUGAAGACAUUAUUUGUCAUGAUGAUGAUUAUAUCAUACCUGAUGUGGAUAAAACAUUUUGCAACUUUGAAGAAUUCUUUGGGGGUGAUCAAGAUCCAAUUGGAGCAUUUCUUGAUGAGAAUGAUUUCUCAUGCUCCUUCAUUGAGAAAGAUAUGCCUCCUGAGAAAUCCAAUAACAGUGAUGGAAGAGCAAGGAAGGAUGCUUCUGUUACUUCAUCUGUUUACAUAAGCUGCUCUGCUCACAUUGACAAUGACAAGGAUCCUUCCAACCAAGCUUAUAACUUUCCUGGAAGUCUUGAUCCUGCUCAGACAAUCAGGUCUCCUUAUUCAAGAUACUCCAUUUCAAGUCAUGGUGCUGAAAGCAGGAGUAAUGAAUAUCUUGACAGUGAACUUUCACCAUAUAUAUCUAAUGGUGAAGCAUCAUGCUAUUCACCCGACCUUGAGGAUGCACAUACAGAGGCCCGAGAAAAUGCAAUGAUGAGGUACAAAGAGAAGAAAAAGGCUCGGAUGUAAGUAUAUAUACCCCUGCCAGGAUUUUAAAACAAGUAUCAUGGAUUUUAUUUCUGAGGAUCUGAGUCAAACUUUUGCUGCUUGGUUCAUCAGCAACAUUAUCUUCUCCAAUAAGUCAUAUAUUUUAUUUGGUCUAUCUAUGACUCCAUGUAACUUUUGAUACAUGACUACCUUCUUUUAACUAGCGAACAAAAAAAUGUUAUCAAAUUAGUAUCAAGGUCUGAAGGUCAUGAAUCGGAACAGUCCAAAACUAAAUUUUAUCGUCUAUAGUUACAAUACCAAUAUCAAAUUGGGAAGGGCAUAGAGCGAAGACUAGUUCAUAACGCUAGGAUAUCCAUCAAUUGCAUGCUAGCACUGAAGAAAUGCUGCAAAUGUCCAAACUUUGCCCUCUUUGUAUCUUAUUAUUAAUAUAAAAAAAAAGGUGCAUCUAUUUUUAUGCAGUUUCUCUUUUAUCUUGGGUGACCAAAAAAAAAGUAGCAAACCCGAAAAUAAAUUUAGUUCACUCUGUUUUGGCUUUGAGCAUCUUUAUGUAAAUAAACCACGGCACUGUAAAUGUUUUUUAUAGCUGGUUGUUAGGUUGCAAAAGUUGUAAAUCACAUGGAAUGUGUACGAGAAGGGCAAUAGUACCACUGGCUUAAUUAAUUAUGGAAUAUUGGGAGUUAAAAGUGGAUAAUGGCCUUGUCGUAAUCCGCCAUAAUUUAUAUGGCUCUCACGUGCACAAGGAGAUGAUGUCUGCAUACUAGACUUGCUAGUAAUGGAUAAUGAUGCUACAUCAUAUAUCAUGUGGCUUAACUCAUGCUCUGCUCAAAGAUUUCCCGUGGAUGAAUAUUUUGUGAUGGCAUGCUGGAGUUCCAACAAUAAGGUAAUUGUUGCUUUAUAUUGUUCAUACACUCACUGAAUGUGGUGCAUCAGGAGUGUUCUAAAUCAUCCAGUUUGUGGAACAAAGAUAAUGGGGCCUUGGCCUGAUUUCUUUGGCAGAGACCAUUGUGCUUUUUCCCGUGUACAAAAAACUUGUAUUUCGGACUGUACAUGUGUGUAAUUUAUUUAUAACUUGCAGUUUAAAUUCAUGAGCAAAAAGUAUGUAUAAUUUUGAUUAUGCUCUCUUACAAUAUUUGUCUAUUUUUUCUUUUUUCCAGGCAAGACAAGCAAAUUCGAUAUACUCCUAGGAAACCUAAGAAUGAUGUACGGAAGCGUGGAAA